GAUGCCAAUUCCCAAUAAACCAUCAGAUCCUCCCUCCAACCCCUGCACACAAUGCUCUUCCAGAAUCGAUACCCUAGAAUCAGAGGUUAGAGCACUCAAAGACCUCGUUUUCUACCUCUACAAAAGCCACAUCCCUCAAAACUCCCAUCUCUCUCAAUCCCCAACUCAAUCCUCCCUCUCCACCACCCCAGUCCCACCCCCUUACCCAUUCCCACCCCCCUCAGCUCCCACCCAAAACCCCUCAAAUCCCCUUCCAAAGAACCACAGAAACGAAAAUGGAGAUUUCUCCAAUAAAGACAGCAGUGAGUUAUUAGAAAUGGAAGCUAGUGAAGUACUCCUUCCUGAGGUCCCUGAAGAGUCAAGCAAUGUUGCUUCAGAGAUCUACCAAGAAGCAUGACAGGAAACUUACCAGGAAAACUCUCAUCCUAAUUCCUAUAUGAGCUUAGAGAGGAGUAAGAGUCCUUUGAUGGAGCAGAUUGAGCAAAAGCAAAUGCAGAUUAACCAAUCGAGAAGUAUCAAAAGUGAUGGUAAAGGCCACAAUUCUUCUAAAAAUGAGGAUGUAACGGAAGAAGAAAAAGCAGAAUUUUAUUUUAGCUGUCACGAAAGAAUGAGAAAUGAUGGGGCAAAUAGGGAAAGCAAAGAUUCUCAUCAAGAAAAUAUAUUUACAAAUUCUUUUUAUGAAGAAAAUAUGAAAGCCUUAAGAGAGACGCAAAGCAUGCCAAAUCUAAGCAAAACUACACUUAACGAAGAGAUUGAGUAUGAAUUAGCAAAUUACAAACUAAACGAGAGCUCAAACGCUGACAUUGAAGAUUUAUCACCAAAUAAUGAAGAAGAAGCUCAGAAUACUAGUAGGUUUUCAAGUAUCAAGAAAUACAAAAAAAUGGAUGAAGAAAUUCGGCCUAAGUUUAUAACAAAACUAAAUUCUGCCAGAAAGAAUUUAAACAGAAGCGAUGAGUUCGAAGCUCAAGAUAUCAUUAACAGCAUUAAUCAUCAUGAAUCCAAACAAGAAGAUUCUGAACUGAAAGAAAGUUCUAUCGAAAAAGCUUUGUUUCAGCCAUUUGAAUACGGUAGAAGCUACCCUGACCUAAAAAAAUGCUCUACCUCUCCCAAAAAGAAACCUAAGAGUGCCUCAUCUCAAAAGAAUCCAUUCGAAUACACCUUCGGAAAGAAAAACUUAAAACUCAGUAUCGGAAAGCCCACCACACACUAUAAGAACGCUCCUCCAGCCCCUUUGCCUCUCGGUGACGAAGCAUGUGACAGCGAAUCGACCAUUGUCUUCAACACAAGUGGUGACCAGAAGCACCCUAGCAGGAACCAAGACUACUACAAAAUGUCUGAUUCCUGGAACAAUACCAGUACAUAA